AUGUCUUACUACGAACCUCAGGGAUGGCAAGCACCCGCUGCGCGCCAGGUCUCCUGGGAACAACCCGCACCACCCUCCCGAUCAGGCUCGAGUUCGGUCUCCCAGCGCGAGGACAUCCCGGCCUUUUCUUCCCAGUUUGACGGUAUGGACACACUCGACGAAUGCCCAAUUGCUCUCGGAUCGCAGUGGGACGAGGACGAUUGGGGACCCCUUUUGGACCGGAGGCUAAUUUUCUCGAUAGAGGUCGAUCGUGCGAUCGACAAUCUCGUCAAGAGCGGGAAGCUUUGGAAUGCUCCUCGGCGGGAUUCGAUGCCCAUGAUGAUGGGCCGGCCCUACCCCGACUACGACCCUCGUAUGGGUGGUGGCCCUCAGCGACACCAUUCGAUCAGCGAGUUCGAUGGCAACCGAAUGCCCCCGUCGGGCAACGCUCAGGGUUUCUAUGCCUCCCAACGGUACCAGGGUCGUCCCAACGAGGUGGAACAAAUGAUGCAGGCGAAGCGUCGGAUGGCAGCACAGCGUGAGAGGGAACUCCGCAACUAUCACCAGGAGCAACAGUACAACCGAAGCCUCCUCGCCGAAAUGUCCGCUUCCAAGUCCGAUCGCUCCACCAGCCCAGCGGCUGUGAGCGAGGACAGCCGCCGCGACCUCCUCGCCCGCCAACACCGCGCUCUGUACGGCAACGAAAGCCCCGCCUUCUUCCCCCCAGGCGCCCUGGACGAGCCCUCCCGCCCAGCCAGCCAAGCCGCCAGCACCCCCGGAGUCCGCGGUUCCUCCCCACGAGGCGUCGACCCCUUCGGUCUAGCCGGGAGCACAGAAGCCCAAACCCCGUCCCGGGCAAACAGCACUUCCUCCCCCAGCUCCGCCAUCAACGCCGGCUUCGAGCAGCCCGUCACCUCCCCCUCCCCGGCCACCGACUCCUCCCGCCAGCCCUCCGGCUCCGUCGGCCCAAUCGGUUCCCGCGUCCAGCAAACGCCCCCCAACCCCGCGCUCAACAAGCGCUCCAUCACACCCCUUCCCUCCCCAUUGGGUCUGGGGUUCACGCCCGCUGACCCUGCUCCCGAGCGCACCUCGUCUGCUGGCCCUGCUCCCGCUGUUCCUGCGCCUGGUCCCAAGGACCCGGCUGGCGUUGGACUAGGCUGGAGUAACGGCAGUGGCGUGUGGGGCUCGAAGAGCGGACUCGGCGUUCAGGCUUCUGUUUGGGGUUAA